GCUUGGCAACUAAUUAAAUGGCCAGUUGCUGCUACUAACGUCGGCUGCUACUAAAUCUCUCUGAAACUAUCGUAUUUUACCAUUUACAAGAAUCCUUCUGUUCCUCUCCCCUCCCCCCCGUCUCUCUUUCGUCCAUUUUAUCAAUCAUUAGUCUCACAUAUCAAUCAAUCAACAAUCACACUCUCAUAUCCUGUUUUUUCUUUCUUUCUUUCUUUCUGCCGUUUCCUCAUUCUAAAUUCCCAUACCUUCCUGAAUUGUUUUCUUUAAACCACAAUUAUUAGUGUCACACCUGAAUACAACAGGUUUUAAAAGAGAACACUCGCCAUACAGAAAACGUGGCACAUCUCUCUCGUAAAUAAACAUUUCAGCUGGCAUCGCAAGCGAAGAACACAAGAGAUUGCUGCUGCUGUGCUGUCCCUUUUGCCCGAUUCUUCUUCGAUCGUUCCCUAAAUUUCACGGGGAUCCACCGACGAACCAACGUCUUUUUUUUGUUUAACCAAUUUAAUAAUCAACCCAGAAACUGCGUGUUGGUUUGUUGACGUCCGUGUUUCGCCCGAUCGGAAGAUGUUUUUGGCAUUGAUCACAAUUCUGGUGUUUGCUGGACGCAUAAAUGGUGAAGAGGAGUUCUCAUUCCGUCGUGUCACUUUGGUCUCGGAUGCCGAAAAAUUCAAAGCAGCCGACGGAUUUAAAAUGAUUUACCACAUCGUUAAUUCAGUUAUUCCUACAUACGAACGCAAGGAAGAUUUCUUUGAAAUGUUUGAACAUUCUGCUGACGUCCUUCGGAACUAUGAUUUCAAAGUUGGCCUUAUUGAUUGUUCCACUGUCAAAGACAUCGAGUGCAAUGAACCAAAAGUGAACUCAAAGGUAUUUUUAUACAAUGGUGACGAAAUAUGGGCCGAUGUCCCCCUCGCUAACAUGCUUGAUGUGGAUUCAGUAGUGUCCAAUGCCUUGCUAAUUCCACUUUUAGACGAUUUUGAAAUAAUUUACACUCGAAUAGAACGUCUUGAAGUGGUGGCGCAACUUCAAGGAUUUAAAAACGUCAUCUUUGGCUAUUUAUUUGCCAUUGGAACAAAUGUCCACAGAGUACUUUUGGAACUGGCUUAUAUUUACAAGCAGGAAAUCCAGUUUAUGCUGACCACCACCCAACGAACAAUUUCAGAUUUGGAACAACAUCCAAAAGAUAACAGCACAAUGAUAUGGUUUUUCCUGUGCAAAGACAGCUCUGAUACGGAACCCUUUGGCGUUUGUCCCACUGUCCUCUAUCGUGGGAACAUUUCAUUCACUUCCCUUGCCUCAGCCAUCAAACUCGUCAAUGGACCCAAAUAUUAUUAUCUCCCAGAAAAUGGAUCCAGCAUCCCAUGUAAUGUUUCAAAUUGCCUCUAUUUAUUCCAUUCAAAAGAAAAUAAAGCCGACGUGGAGAAUGUCGCAGAAUCGGUGGUGACAACGUAUUUAGGGGUUGUGGCUGUUAUUUUAGUCGACAUGGAUUCCAAAAAUCUGAACAGUUACCUCUACUAUACAAAAAAGACCCCUUCUGCAGCCAUUUCUUUUGCUGGGCAGAAUGGAAAAACUUUCAUGGAGACAUCUUUUUCUAAAGUGUCUUUGAUGAAUUUCCUCCAAAGAUACGUAGCCGGUUCCGUAGUCAAACAAGAACCCUUAAUUGAAGAACAAGAGGCAUUAGAAGAAUUUGCUUAUUCUAUCAAUGACGACGAAGUGUCCAAUGUUGUGUACAGUAACAGAGAUGUGGAAUAUGACAAUAUAGUGACCACCCUCACAGACCAAUCAUUUGCAGAUCUGGAACAAUCAUCUCAGCUGACGUUGGUCAUCUUCUAUUUGCCAUAUAACCCUGUAUACUCAGCACUUUUACAACAUUUUCUGGAAUGGAAGCAAAAAUAUGGUUCAUUAUACCCGCAUCUUUCGGUUGCUCGUUUUAACUGCUUUGACUGGACAGAUGUCUGUGAGAAGCAACAUAUUCUUCACACACCUACCCUGCAACUAUUUGGUCAGAAACAGGGCCUAUCAACCUCAAAGACUGCUAUCAAUUACACAGGAGCUCUCCAUGCAACAGACAUCAUGGCUUUCUUGUAUUUACACCAUUUUAAUGAAACCGUCCACCUGAAAGAAGCAGACAUACCCAGUCUUCUAAGCGGCCAGUUUCAGAGUAUAGCUAACAUUACAUCCCAUUGCCUUCUUGGAUUGUUUUCUGAAGAUUCUGAGGAGUUGAAAAACUUUUCAAGAGCAGCGAAGGAGAAGAGAGGGACAUCAUUAUUCACUUUCCUGACGGGAGACGCUGCGAAAAAAUUUGCAAAGAAAAAUGGAGUGAGUAUUCCUUCUGUUAUGGCCAUCAGAUGGAGUGAUCUUUUGCAGCCCAUUAACUACCUCUCUCCUCCAAUAACUCCAGAAACAGUGUCACAGUUUGCCGAGGCUUCUAAAGUUGAAAAAUUUGGUGAACUGACACCAGAAAUCCUGCCUUAUAUUCACCGUUUGGGAAAACCAUUAAGCAUUUUCUUCUGGAAACCAUCGGACACUUGUGAAAGUGCUUUUGCAGAAGUGAAAAGAGUUUCCCAAUCAGUUAAAUCACAAGAUAUAGUUUUCACCUGGCUCAAUCUAGCAUCACAGAUGUCUGAUCAUUUCCAAAUUCAGUUAUUUGAAACUUAUUUUCAAGCUCCUGUAGUUCCUGCUUUAUCCAUGGUUUACUUCUCUGAGCAUGCUGUUUAUAACUAUGAAGAUGGGAAUUUUUCAGAAGAAUCGGUUUUGGAAUGGAUGGAGAAGCUGAGGGAAAAGAGACAUGAAAUGAAGUCAUCGUAUGACAUGGAAUACAACGACUGGAAACCAACUCUGAGGAGUAUCAACUUCCUGAAAGACCAUCCCUUUAUGCCACUGAAAGAAACAACAACAACAACAACAACAACAGCAGCAGCAGCAGUAGCAGUAGCAACAUCAAAUAUGUCUCAGAAUAUCAUUGUAUUGUUACUGUUUUGUGUUGGAACUGUUGGUGCCAUACCAAUAAAGUCUGAGUUUGAAUAUUUGCCUGAAGGAUUCGAUCCUGCUCACCCAGAAGAUGUCCCAGGAAUGUUCCAAGGUGAUAUUGAUCUCGAUGGACAUAGUCCUUGGAGUAGAAAUGCUGUUGGAGAUCUUAAGCGGCGCUGGCCAAAUGGUGUGGUUCCAUUUAACAUUCAUUCGUAUUUUGAAGAAUAUGAGAAGGAAACCAUAAUGGAAGGAAUACAACAUAUUCAGGAAAUGACGAGGCUUAAUGGUAAAGACUGUAUAAAAUUUAAGAACCAAACGGAUGAAGAGAACUACGUGUAUAUUGGCACAGGAUUUGGGUGUCACAGUAAUAUUGGUUACAAAGGCAAACCCCAAGGAAUAUCUCUCGGCCGUGGCUGCCGAUCGAGAGGAAUUGUUUCUCAUGAGAUGCUACAUACACUGGGAUUUUAUCACGAACAGAGUCGACCAGAUCGAGAUAAUUAUGUGAAAAUAAAUAUGACUAAUGUAAAGGAAAAGGCCAAAAGCAAUUUCUUAAAAUUGUAUCCACCAAUUGUUAGCACUCAGGGGCUUCCAUACGAUUACAAUUCAAUCAUGCAUUACAAUCCAUAUGAAUUUGCUAUAGACCGAAGUAUACAAACAGUUGAAUCUCUCAAGGAAGGUGUAACAAUUGGUCAACGCAUUGGUAUGAGUCAGUUAGACAUUCUUCGAGUUCAAAAAUUGUACGGAUGUCCAGAACGGAAGAUAGUUGUCCGCCAACCAGCUGGUUUGGUGACCCCAAACUGUACCUUUGAUAGUGAUCUGUGUGGAUGGACCCAUGGCGAAAUUAGUCCAAAUGUGAAAAAUAACACUUGGAUCAGAGAAAAUGAGGAAACCUUUACUUGGAAGACAGGACCUUCCAGGGAUCAUACGUAUGGAACAUUUGAAGGUUACUUCCUGUAUUCCGAAGCUUCAUCAAAUGCUGGGUCUGUUGCGAAAAUCAGGACGCCAACUCUAAAGGCAGGCGUUCACUGUUUGUCAUUCUGGUACCACAUGUAUGGCCACAACAUGGGCUCGCUUUCUGUCAACGAAUUAGUGAAGGGCAAAACACUGACAAAACUGUUUACAAAAUCUGGGAACCAAGGAAACAAAUGGAUCAAUGGGAGAAUCUCUUUUACUGCUACUGAGGACACAAAAAUUGAAUUUGAAAGCACCGUUGGUUCAGUGCAGAGUGACAUUGCUAUCGAUGAUGUGAUGGUGCUUGAUGCGAAAUGCUGACAAACUGUCUUGGUACAAAUUCUUCAAAAUCACCAGAACACACCUUUACCUCAAAAACUGAAAAACCUUUAACAUUUGUUUCUGUUUGUUGUACGUGUUUAGGUCAUUCAGUAUGUAUACAUCUAGCUACACCUGCACACACAAACACACAAUGCACACACACACACACACACA